AUGAAAGCGCUAAUUGAUCGACCAGCUAGUAAUCAUUUGUUGUCACAUAUAUCGCAUCAAGCAUCAUUAGUUAUACCAUGUCAUCAUACGACAGAACAAUAUAAAAGUCCUAUACCACCAUUGGCAACGUUUGUCAAUCUAUUGGCCAGGAGAUCCUCUGCUCGCACUGGAACACUCUUGGCAUCGCUCGUUCUAUUAGAUAGAUUGAGACAAAGACUAGCGCAAUUUGCAAAAGGGAUGCCUUGCACUUGUCAGCGAAUCUUUUUGGCCACAUUAAUCGUGACAACAAAGAUACUCCAUGAUACCUCUCCCAAGAACAAGCAUUGGACUAAAUAUGCAGUCUAUUUCACAUUGCCCGAAGUCAAUUUGAUGGAAAAGCAACUGCUAGCUCUGAUGGUAUAA